AUGUUGGGUUUAAAAUCAGUAACAGUGAUCAUGGUGAUGGUGGAGUUUUUGGAUGUGGGGUUGAACAUUUUGAGCAAAGCAGCUAUGAAGAAAGGGAUGAGUGAUUUUGUCUUUGUUGUCUAUGCGAAUGCCCUCGCCCUCUUUGUCUUGCUUCCAUCUUCCUUCUUCUUCUACAGGAGAAGAACUUAUCCACCUCUCUCAUGGUCCUUCAUCUGUAAACUGUUCCUUGUUAGCUUUAUGAGCUCUAGUGCGCAGCUGCUAAGGUUUAUUGGGAUAAACUACAGCUCUCCAACUAUGGCCUCUGCAAUGAUUGAUCUCAUGCCAGCUUUUACCUUCAUUCUUGCUGUCAUCACUGGGAUGGAAAUUCUGGAUUUGAGAAUUACCAGUAGACAGGCCAAGUGCAUAGGCACAGUGGUCUCAAUCUCAGGGGCACUCAUGCUGACCUUAUAUAAAGGCCUACCACUCAUAAGGGCUGAUGCAUCACAUAAUAAAUUAAUCAGUCUGCAGCUUCUUUUAUCCUCUCAAACGAACUGGUUCAUUGGAGGCAUUGUGCUCGCAUUUCAAAGCUUUUUGCUAGCAAUGAUGCAUAUUACAGAGACAUGGGUUAUUAGGGACUACCCUGCAGUGCUGAUGGUUGCAACGAUUCGGUGCAUCUUUGUUACCAUCCAAUCUGCUGCAAUUUCUCUGAUUACUGUCAAAGGACUAAAUGCAUGGAAGCUAAAGCCUGACAUUGAACUCAUAGCUAUUGGGUACAAUGCAACUUUCGAAGUAAUGCUAAGGACUGGUAUUCAUUUGUGGGCAUUGAACAUAAAGGGUCCUGUUUAUGUUGCCAUGUUUAAGCCGCUUGGUUUAGUCAUGGCACUUUUCGUUGGCGUGUUAUUUCUUGGAGAUACUCUUUAUCUUGGAAGGUUGCUGGGAGCGGCUAUAACAGUGGUAGGGUUUUAUGCCGUAAUUUGGGGGAAAGCCCAAGAAGAGAAGGAGAAGGCUCAAAAUGAUCAAACCGGAAGCUUUGAGUCAUUUCCUCAAUCAGAAGCAGAACCUCUUUUGCCUAAACAUUGUAAACAAGGCACUGAGGAGAAAAGUCUUGCACGCCAUCACUUGUCAAGCUCUUGA